AUGACAGCGGCGGAAGCGCAGCAGGGUAGCCCUGCCGCGACGGCUGGCAUGGCGAAGAAGCUGCAUGGAAGAGAAUUCUACGAGAGUAUCGGGUGCCCCAAGUAUGUCGUGGCGCCCAUGGUGGACCAGUCCGAGUUUGCCUGGCGAGCUCUCACGCGAUCCUUCAUGUCGGAAUCGGAGCAGCCGAAGCUCCUCGCCUACAGCCCGAUGCUGCAUGCCCGCCUCUUCUCUCAAGAGGAAAAGUACCGCAGGGCUCACUUCCAGGCUGUCCGGCCCGGCACGAGCGAACCUUGGCUGGACGGCAACCCUUCGAUUGAUCGGCCACUCUUUGUCCAGUUCUGCGCCAACGAUCCGGAUGCGCUCCUCGCAGCGGCACAAAAGGUUGCCCCGUACUGCGAUGCCGUUGAUCUGAAUCUCGGCUGCCCGCAGGGCAUCGCGCGGAAAGGCCACUACGGAGCGUUCCUUCAGGAGGAUCAAGAUCUCAUCUUCCGGCUCAUCAACAAGCUGCACAAGGAGCUGCCCAUUCCCGUGACGGCCAAGAUCCGUCUCUUGGAGACCAAGGAGAAGAGUCUGGCUUACGCGCAGAACGUGCUCCGGGCCGGCGCCUCCAUCAUCACGGUGCACGGACGGAGGAGGGAGCAGAAGGGCCACUUGACCGGAUUGGCGGACUGGGAAAUGGUCAAAUUUUUGCGAGAGAACCUACCAGCCGAGACGGUCAUGUUCGCCAACGGCAACAUCUUGCAGGAGGGAGACGUCGGCAAGUGCCUCGAAGCAACGGGAGCCGACGGAGUGAUGAGCGCCGAAGGGAAUCUGAGCGACCCGGCCAUCUUCGCCAAACCGCCGCCGGUGGGGGAGGAAGGACGCGAAUACUGGAGAGGCAAGGAUGGCGAAGGUGGUUGGCGAGUCGACGCGGUGACGAGACGAUACCUCGACAUCCUGCACAAGCACGCGCUCGGUAGGGAACCACCGGGUCGACGACCGCUCUUCAUGCCCGGCGACGACACAGCCUGGAUGACAGAGGCCGACAAAGGAGAGGCAGAAAAUGACGAGCCGUUGAAGAAGCGACGGAAGACGGAGGGGGGCCCGAAGCGCGAGGAGGCGAAUCCCAACCUCGGGGCCAUGCAACCGCAUCUGUUUCACCUCCUGCGACAUUUCGUCACGCGGCACACGGACGUGCGUGACAUGCUGGCGCGCAGCCGCAAAGACGGCAUCGAGGGCUACGAACGAGUUCUCGAGGCCGUCGAGCGCAAGGUGGCCGAGGGCCUGCUCGAUUACGAGCGGACCGAGGGCAAGAGCUUCGAGGAUGAGUUGAGCGCGCUCGGCGUCGGGGAGCAGCUGCAGCUGCCGGAAGGUGAGAGCUCGCGAGGCACGAUACGGAGGUGCAAGAGGCCGUGGUGGAUCGCACAACCGAUCGUGCGACCGCUUCCGAGCGAGGCUCUGGCCAAAGGAGCCAUCACGCUCAGCAAGAAGGAUAAAACUGCCAAGUCGACGAUGGCCCUUCACAAGAUAGGCACAUCUGCCGAGGGGGCUGGCCAAGAGCCUACCCGAGCGGGGGAUGAGGCGACGCAGGAGGCGGCCGCGGAAGCAGAGAGGGCAGAAAUCAAAUCACGAGACGAGUUGGUUGCCGGCUGA